AUGUAUCCAACGGUUGGAAUGGAUUUCGGGCUUAAUAUGCUCCGGAAUGCGCCCGUCAACGACUCACUAGUCGUGUCGCCAAUCUCCGUGAUUUUCGCUUUGGCGAUGGUGCGAGCGGGUGCGAAAGGCUCUACGAAAUCUCAAAUUGAUUCCGUCAUCUCUAAAGGAGACAGCGACAUCGAGGAGCAUUAUUCAAAGCUCUCCAGUCAGAUAAUGAAUGCAAGUCAUGGUGUGAAGAGCCGAAUAGCUAAUGGAUUUUUCUUAGAAAAGAAGUACGGCGCUAAAGUAGAAGCUCUGGACUUUGGCCACGCAAAGGAGGCUGCUAAGGUCAUUGACGACUUCAUAAGUAAGACGACGGACGGAAAAAUCCAAGGCAUGGUGAACGAAGCAACUGUUAAA